AUCUGCACCCUCCUCUUCGCCAGCCUCUACAUCCUCUGCCAUUUCAUCUUAACCCACUUCCAGAAGCACACGGACUUUGCGGCGGUGGGAUAUGGGAGCUGCUGGGGUCAGGGGCCGUUGGCAGCCACGCUCGGNNNNGUCCUCCUGCUGCCCUUCUCCAUCAUUAGCAACGAGGUGCUGCUCUCCUUCCCCCACAACUACUACAUCCAGUGGCUGAACGGGUCCCUCGUCCAUGGCCUCUGGAACUUGGUCUUCCUCUUCUCCAAUCUGUCCCUCGUCUUCCUCAUGCCCUUCGCUUACUUCUUCACCGAGUCGGAGGGCUUUGCAGGAUCCAAGAAGGGCAUCAUGGCCAGGGUGUACGAGACCUCGGUGGUGCUGCUGCUGCUGACGCUGCUGGUGCUGGGCAUGGGGCCCAUCCUGCACUGGGUGUGGGUCCCUGGGGUGCCCGGCUGGGAGCAGGGUCUGCUCCCUGCAACGGUGCUGGGUCUGGAGGGGCCGCAGUGCGGUGCUGAGCCCCCAGCCCUGACCCAGGACCCUUCUGGGGAUGCGGGGAGGGGUUGGGUGCUGGGGCACCCCCUGCUCAGCCGUGUGCCCCCCGCAGUGUGCACGCCCUUCGGCCUCUCCACCAUGUUCACCGUCACGGGGAAGCUGCUGGUGAAACCCCGGCUGGAGCUGCGGCACCGAGUGUCACCCUGGCAGAAGAACCUGGGCUACCCCCUGGCCAUGCUGGGCCUCCUGGCACUGACGGGCAUCUCCGUGCUCAUCGUCUGCGUCCACGAGCUGCUGCUGGAUGAGGCCGAGAUGCCACGAGGCAUCCAGGAUGCAUCCCUGGGCCAGGUCUCCUUCUCCAUCUUCGGUUCCUUCGGAGCGGCCCUGCAGGUCGUCCUCAUCUUUUACCUGAUGGUCUCCUCCAUCGUGGGUUUCUACAGCUCGCCCCUCUUCACCCGGCUGCUCCCCGAGCGCCAGGACACCCCCCUCACCAAG